AUGUCAAGAACGCACAACCCAGCAAAGAAGAAGGCAAAGGGAGGGGAGAAGGCAAAGGGAGGGGAGAAGGCAAAGGGAGGGGAGAAGGCAAAGGGAGGGGAGAAAGCAAAGGGAGGGGAGAAGGCAAAGGGAGGGGAGAAGGCAAAGGGAGGGGAGAAGGCAAAGGGAGGGGAGAAGGGAAAGGGAGGGGAGAAGGGAAAGGGAAGGGAGAAGGGAAAGGGAGGGGAGAAGGGAAAGGGAGGGGAGAAGGCAAAGGGAGGGGAGAAGGCAAAGGGAGGGGAGAAGGGAAAGGGAGGGGAGAAGGCAAAGGGAGGGGAGAAGGGAAAGGGAGGGGAGAAGGGAAAGAGACGAGAGAAGGGCAAGGGUAGUCACGGCAACAAGCAUGCAAGAGGGAGGGGCGGCGGCGGCGGUGGUACCGGUAAUGGUGGUGGGAAGGCGAAGGGAGUGGGAGGAGCAAACCCCUGGCACCACAGCAGCCUUUCACCACAGCAGCACUGCAGCAGUACCUGUGCCCUCCACGUGGCCUCUUCACUCUACGCCAGCACACAAGGAGAAAAAGGCCUCUAUUUCCCAACAGCCGUGGGGGUGGACGUCGAAGGGCCGCCGGAGGUGGCCGCGAGGACGCGCGGAGCCGCCGUGGGGGUGGACGUCGAGGGGCCGCCGGAGGUGGCCGCGAGGACGCGCGGAGCCGCCGUGGGGGUGGACGUCGAAGGGCCGCCGGAGGUGGCCGCGAGGACGCGCGGAGCCGCCGUGGGGGUGGACGUCGAGGGGCCGCCGGAGGUGGCCGCAAGGACGCGCGGAGCCGCCGUGGGGGUGGACGUCGAAGGGCCGCCGGAGGUGGCCGCGAGGACGCGCGGAGCCGCCGUGGGGGUGGACGUCGAGGGGCCGCCGGAGGUGGCCGCGAGGACGCGCGGAGCCGCCGUGGGAGUGGACGUCGAAGGGCCGCCGGAGGUCGUCGCGAGGACGCGCGGAGCCGCCGUGGGGGUGGACGUCGAAGGGCCGCCGGAGGUCGUCGCGAGGACGCGCGGAGCCGCCGUGGGGGUGGACGUCGAAGGGCCGCCGGAGAUCGUCGCGAGGACGCGCGGAGCCGUCGUGGGAGUGGACGUCGAGGGGCCGCCGGAGGUGGCCGCGAGGACGCGCGGAGCCGCCGUGGGGGUGGACGUCGAAGGGCCGCCGGAGGUGGCCGCGAGGACGCGCGGAGCCGCCGUGGGGGUGGACGUCGAAGGGCCGCCGGAGGUGGCCGCGAGGACGCGCGGAGCCGCCGUGGGGGUGGACGUCGAGGGGCCGCCGGAGGUGGCCGCGAGGACGCGCGGAGCCGCCGUGGGGGUGGACGUCGAAGGGCCGCCGGAGGUGGCCGCGAGGACGCGCGGAGCCGCCGUGGGGGUGGACGUCGAAGGGCCGCCGGAGGUGGCCGCGAGGACGCGCGGAGCCGCCGUGGGGGUGGACGUCGAAGGGCCGCCGGAGGUGGCCGCGAGGACGCGCGGAGCCGCCGUGGGGGUGGACGUCGAAGGGCCGCCGGAGGUGGCCGCGAGGACGCGCGGAGCCGCCGUGGGGGUGGACGUCGAAGGGCCGCCGGAGGUGGCGCGCGAGGACGCGCGGAGCCGCCGUGGGGGUGGACGUCGAAGGGCCGCCGGAGGUGGCCGCGAGAGACGCGCGGAGCCGCCGUGGGGGUGGACGUCGAGGGGCCGCCGGAGGUGGCCGCGAGGACGCGCGGAGCCGCCGUGGGGGUGGACGUCGAAGGGCCGCCGGAGGUGGCCGCGAGGACGCGCGGAGCCGCCGUGGGGGUGGACGUCGAGGGGCCGCCGGAGGUGGCCGCAAGGACGCGCGGAGCCGCCGUGGGGGUGGACGUCGAAGGGCCGCCGGAGGUGGCCGCGAGGACGCGCGGAGCCGCCGUGGGGGUGGACGUCGAGGGGCCGCCGGAGGUGGCCGCGAGGACGCGCGGAGCCGCCGUGGGAGUGGACGUCGAAGGGGCCGCCGGAGGUCGUCGCGAGGACGCGCGGAGCCGCCGUGGGGGUGGACGUCGAAGGGCCGCCGGAGGUCGUCGCGAGGACGCGCGGAGCCGCCGUGGGGGUGGACGUCGAAGGGCCGCCGGAGAUCGUCGCGAGGACGCGCGGAGCCGUCGUGGGAGUGGACGUCGAGGGGCCGCCGGAGGUGGCCGCGAGGACGCGCGGAGCCGCCGUGGGGGUGGACGUCGAAGGGCCGCCGGAGGUGGCCGCGAGGACGCGCGGAGCCGCCGUGGGGGUGGACGUCGAAGGGCCGCCGGAGGUGGCCGCGAGGACGCGCGGAGCCGCCGUGGGGGUGGACGUCGAGGGGCCGCCGGAGGUGGCCGCGAGGACGCGCGGAGCCGCCGUGGGGGUGGACGUCGAAGGGCCGCCGGAGGUGGCCGCGAGGACACGCGGAGCCGCCGUGGGGGUGGACGUCGAAGGGCCGCCGGAGGUGGCCGCGAGGACGCGCGGAGCCGCCGUGGGGGUGGACGUCGAGGGGCCGCCGGAGGUGGCCGCGAGGACGCGCGGAGCCGCCGUGGGGGUGGACGUCGAAGGGCCGCCGGAGGUGGCCGCGAGGACGCGCGGAGCCGCCGUGGGGGUGGACGUCGAGGGGCCGCCGGAGGUGGCCGCGAGGACGCGCGGAGCCGCCGUGGGGGUGGACGUCGAAGGGCCGCCGGAGGUGGCCGCGAGGACGCGCGGAGCCGCCGUGGGGGUGGACGUCGAGGGGCCGCCGGAGGUGGCCGCGAGGACGCGCGGAGCCGCCGUGGGAGUGGACGUCGAAGGGCCGCCGGAGGUCGUCGCGAGGACGCGCGGAGCCGCCGUGGGGGUGGACGUCGAAGGGCCGCCGGAGGUCGUCGCGAGGACGCGCGGAGCCGCCGUGGGGGUGGACGUCGAAGGGCCGCCGGAGAUCGUCGCGAGGACGCGCGGAGCCGUCGUGGGAGUGGACGUCGAGGGGCCGCCGGAGGUGGCCGCGAGGACGCGCGGAGCCGCCGUGGGGGUGGACGUCGAAGGGCCGCCGGAGGUGGCCGCGAGGACGCGCGGAGCCGCCGUGGGGGUGGACGUCGAAGGGCCGCCGGAGGUGGCCGCGAGGACGCGCGGAGCCGCCGUGGGGGUGGACGUCGAGGGGCCGCCGGAGGUGGCCGCGAGGACGCGCGGAGCCGCCGUGGGGGUGGACGUCGAAGGGCCGCCGGAGGUGGCCGCGAGGACACGCAGAGCCGCCGUGGGGGUGGACGUCGAAGGGCCGCCGGAGGUGGCCGCGAGGACGCGCGGAGCCGCCGUGGGGGUGGACGUCGAGGGGCCGCCGGAGGUGGCCGCGAGGACGCGCGGAGCCGCCGUGGGGGUGGACGUCGAAGGGCCGCCGGAGGUGGCCGCGAGGACGCGCGGAGCCGCCGUCGGGGUGGACGUCGAGGGGCCGCCGGAGGUGGCCGCGAGGACGCGCGGAGCCGCCGUGGGGGUGGACGUCGAAGGGCCGCCGGAGGUGGCCGCGAGGACGCGCGGAGCCGCCGUGGGGGUGGACGUCGAGGGGCCGCCGGAGGUGGCCGCGAGGACGCGCGGAGCCGCCGUGGGAGUGGACGUCGAAGGGCCGCCGGAGGUCGUCGCGAGGACGCGCGGAGCCGCCGUGGGAGUGGACGUCGAAGGGCCGCCGGAGGUCGUCGCGAGGACGCGCGGAGCCGCCGUGGGGGUGGACGUCGAAGGGCCGCCGGAGGUCGUCGCGAGGACGCGCGGAGCCGCCGUGGGGGUGGACGUCGAAGGGCCGCCGGAGGUGGCCGCGAGGACGCGCGGAGCCGCCGUGGGGGUGGACGUCGAAGGGCCGCCGGAGGUGGCCGUGAGGACGCGCGGAGCCGCCGUGGGGGUGGACGUCGAAGGGCCGCCGGAGGUGGCCGCGAGGACGCGCGGAGCCGCCGUGGGGGUGGACGUCGAAGGGCCGCCGGAGGUGGCCGCGAGGACGCGCGGAGCCGCCGUGGGGGUGGACGUCGAAGGGCCGCCGGAGGUGGCCGCAAGGACGCGCGGAGCCGCCGUGGGGGUGGACGUCGAAGGGCCACCGGAGGUGGCCGCGAGGAGGGCGCGCUUCGCGCCCUGCGGAGCCGCCGUGGGGCUGGACGUCGAAGGACCGUUAGAGUUCGUGGGGACUGCAGCGAGGAGCCUCCUGAGGGCGCGCCGAGCGCCCUGCGGAACCGUGGAAGUGAGAUUGUUCGGCCCGGCAGUCUUUGAGUCAAAGAAGCUUCAGGUGGUGUUCAUGGGAGCAGAGGAGGAGCAACAUCCAGCACACGCGCCACUGCCCCGGAUGUACACUUUCACCCACUCGGACGUCACUGCUGGGCUCACCCUCGCCAUCGCGCACGAAUUCAACAAAUCUCAGUUCAUGGGCUGGUACUCUCGGCUGCAGAGGGACGAGGUGCUUGCAGUGUGGCGCCAGCACUGCAGCUUAGCAGACUUCCGUUCGCCCUACUUGAGGGACCCUUGGCAAGAGGUUCACCCGGAGCAUGCUUGCAAUGGCUCAGACUGCCACAUGUCACUCCACGUCCACUGCCACAUCAGUGGAGGUCAUUUCCUGCUGAACGCCAUUGCAGCCCUGAGAUUCUGGAUCUUCAGGAAGGAGCUUCCAGUCGUUUUGGAGGCGUUCCGACACGGUGAUAGGGCACUCUUCGAUAAGCAUCCAGACCUUGAGGAUGCGCUGGUGUGGGUACACUUCCAUUCAAACAUUCCGGAGUACAACAGGCACGAGUGCUGGGGACAUCUGCAUUCAGCAGCCCAGACUGGAGCAGAGAAGACACAAUCUCAACUCAGCUACGGGGCACAAAGAGUGGCCGAAGCUAUUGGUAUAGCAGCUGAGAAGGAGCAUCAGUGGCCGGUUGAAGAGAUAAGAGUGGCUAUGGCAGGCUUCGAAAUCCCUCCACCUCCAUAUGAGGGUGAUAGCAACUAA